ACAACUUCCUUUAACUCCCCUCGCCACACACAUUCUCUCCUCCUUCUCCCCCCUUGCUUUAUCACGUCGACCAAGUUUCCAUCUUAUCCCCCUCACUUUCCUUCUGACACGACCCUGCCUAAUCUCUCUCCUAUCCGCUCUCGUCGCCGACUCGCACACCCCUGUCAAUCCAUGAGCAAUGCCUUACUACACUCGCUCCAGCGGUCGGAAGUCAGUCUCGUCCGAUUCAGCACCGUCAACUCCGAUUAGGCGAGCCUCUUCUUCCAGGGAGAUACAUGCACCCCCAGCACCCUCACCUGUCCCACCAUCUCCCAUUGCCAAACCUCUUCUGCACGAUCUGGUCAUCAGCAAGGAGGACGAGCACAAUGACAUUCUCAUGGCCAUUGUGUCCACUCUGGCCAACCAAAAGGACCCAUCCCACACUAUGACAACGUACGAUAUGGCUAGGCUCAUUCCCCACAAGGCCAACGCGCUGAGCACCUGCAUUCGUGCUCACCUCCGACGUACUUCCCCACCACACCUAGUCCUCCGCCACGACCCCCAGGGUGAAGGCAAGGUACCAACGUACUCGCUCAAUCUACCCCUUUUCGCUGGCCGGUCUCAGGUGGCACCGAGCGCAGUCUCACAGCCGACUGCACACGGCGACAUGGAGCUUGAUGACGACAACGAGCUCCCAGAUGACUUCGAGCUUGAUGUUGACAACGUCGAUGCUCCUGGACCUGUGAAAACUGAAGAAUCCGAGGAUUUCUUCGAAACCUUCAGCUCCCACACUGGAUCCGUAUCUCCUGUCAUCACACCACCGCCACCGCUCUCCUCCUCAAUCCCUCGUCUUCGCUCCCACUUCGUCGAAAACCUCGCUAUGCCAUCUCGCGGCAUCUCUCCCGAUGCUACCUCAGAUGGUUCCAGUCCCCCAUCAACGCCUCUUUCUCCCUCUUCUCCGCUCAUCCCUGCCACUGUGCCGCUUAGUCCCACCACCGGCAUCCUCAGUCAAGGCUUCAAGGCAAUGCUCUUACAAGAGUCGACGAAAGGUGCGAUGGACUCGUACGCGUCUUCACCUGUGUUGGACGUCAAUGUUGGCUUCUUCCCAACUAUGACAAUGGUUGGACCUGCCUUCGAGCCCCAGAUCGCGCAAGAAGACUGCAUCUCAUACAAGCAAACCGCAAUGAUGAAUGCGCAAACCUUCAUCGAACCGGUCACCUAUGCUGGUGAGACAAGAUGGGAUUCUGGAGAGGAUUGGAUGAUGGGACCCGAAAGCAUGCCAAUCGAUGAGCUUGACAGGGAGCUCAGCGAAGCAUGGCACUAAUCCACCGAGAAAAGCAUCAUGGCUGGCUGGUUCGCCUGUGGUUAUCGUCGGUUCAGCCAGUUUCGGCCUUCGUUCAUUUCAAAUACACGACUACUCGAUCUGAUUCGCCUUUCGGCAAAAUGGAAAUUCACACAAUCCUUCGAAACUCGAUAUGUAAUCGUUAGUCUGCUAUAGAUGCAGCAUCCAUGUUCUGCUACCGUACCUCAACACCUCUCAACACCCUACCGUACUAACGACUACAUCGUCUCGUUAACUUUCCUCUUCCCUCAACCUUAGCACUGUAUGUUUUCCUCAUCCUUAGGGCCUAUCGGGCUUCUCCGUGACGUGAUUGGGCUGAUUUUUCUGGUGUGCUGGACGUUGAAGAAACUUUUGUAUCCUAAGAAGAUCCAAGCUGAUGCCGAUGAUGUUC